GGUUUUGGCAGGUUAUAUAAUAAUAGUAUAUACAAUGACCACUGCCAUGAGUUUAAGGAUUAAGAUUUCUCUUCUAGUUUCCCUCUUCUUACUCUUGUUCCUACUGUCUCCAGGUACAAUUCAGGGCUUUGGCAUUGGUGUGAACAAAGUCGACUUGCUUCACGAGGGGUGGCGACCAGGCACUCUCCAUGUCCAUGUGAAUCCAAGAAAGCUACUAAAGGUUGAUGCCACACUAGAUUAUGACUACGCAGGACCCAAUCCCAAGCAUGAUUCAAGAGGAAGAAAAGGUGGCAAGAAUCCUUGACUCUUCUUACCCUUCUAGCUGAUAAAUAAAAGAAUUUUGGUCCUGUACUAUGAAGAAAAUCUAUCUUAAUUAUGAGUUUUCCUUUGCAAUAAGUAUAAAAGCUCUUUUGUUGGGCUGAUUAAAAAUGUCAUAAGCAUGAAUUUCAGGUGUUUUGAUCAUGUACUCACUUAUGUGCACUAUGUUAUAUGAGAAUGAUGAAUAAUAUUGUUGUUUCUAUAAACAAACUAAGCACUGAAUUAGGUUUAUAAAGUCAAAGAGGACCAAUUGCUUUCUUAGCAUUUAUAUCAGCUUUUCUCUGGUUGUC